CGCUCUGCUAUCGCCUCGUUCUUUCCCGUCGUUGACAUGACCGUGUGUCAUCCUGGUCCCGAAACGAAACCUGAAAACUGAUGCAAAUUUUGGUGCUUUAAAUUGUUUACGAGCAGCAUUGCAAUACAACAACGCAUCAGGGAACGACUUUAAAUUGUUAGGUGUGCACUUCGCUCGGCACACAUUCAAGAUCCAAAUUUAAGAAAUUCACAAGUCAGGAGUUUGCGAUGGAGGAAUAUACGAGAGAGCCGUGUCCAUGGCGAAUUGUUGAUGAUUGUGGCGGCGCGUUUACAAUGGGGCUGAUUGGCGGUGGUGUUUUUCAAAGUGUCAGAGGCUUCCGGAAUGCUCCAUCAGGUUUUAACAGAAGAUUUAUUGGCUCCAUCACAGCAAUAAAACAAAGAUCACCUAUAAUAGCAGGAAAUUUUGCUGUAUGGGGAGGCAUGUUUUCGACAAUCGACUGCGCACUUAUUCACAUUCGCAAGAAGGAGGAUCCGUGGAACUCAAUUAUCAGCGGGGCAGCAACCGGCGGUAUUCUAGCAGCGCGUAAUGGUGUAUCUGCGAUGGCAGGCAGCGCUUUUAUCGGCGGUGUGCUUUUGGCACUUAUUGAAGGUGUCGGCAUCCUAUUCACACGUCUUUCGGCCGAACAGUUCCAACCACAGCCGCCCAUAUUCGAGGACGGCCCGCUCGGCAAUACGCAAAACAGUUCCACCGGCGGUAGCGGUGCGGGCUUUAGUUACCAAUAAAGAUGAACAAUCGCAUAGUAAGGUUUUGACGCGCCCCUCACGCAAAUGAUAAACACAACAGCAAAGCAUUCAAGAAUGUUGUAAUGUAAGAUUACUUCCGAUUUUUGACGUGUGCAUGUAUAUUUUUCGUUAUUCACUUUUUAUACGACGUCGGGAUACGCUGGGAGUGGACGUUUCACGCUGUGAUCUAUCUUUUAUUGCCGCUCUUCUCAAAAAAGUGGUGAGUUUCGCAAAGGUUUUCUGACUUAAUUUAUAUCUGUUGCCGGAACCAACCCAUUUUUCAUACAUAGUUGUAAUUAUUAGCUCCACGAACGAGAUAAUAACGAACUAUUACGAAUGAAUGAAAUAUCUACUAAUUAUGAUAGCAAUUUUAUCAUAUGAAACUGUUAAUUAGUAUAUUUCAUUGAGAAUGUGAAAAUAUAAAAGUACAAACUAGUAA